UAUUUUAGGGUUCUAGCGAAUGUUCACGAUCCAGGUAACUAUCCACUCCGAUCGAUUCAAGCUCUCUCCACAGGCGCGGCGAAAAAUCCACAGAAAGGGGGAAGAAAUCGUGGAAAAUGCCCGGGUUUUGUUCAAGAAUCUUGAGUCGAUCGAUGGGCCGCCAGAGAUUUCUCGCUUCGUCGCCGCGGCCAAGGCUUGCGGCAGGGCCGGGGAUCUGGAAACCGGGAUGAGAAUCCACUCACGGGCGAUCAAGGAGGGCUUGAUCCAAUCCAACCGGUUUCUUGCCAACACGCUGCUGGAUAUGUAUGCCAAAUGCGGGCGCAUGGACCGAGCUCGCGAGAUUUUCGAUGGAUUGGAGAGGCGCUGCGUGGUCUCCUGGACGGCGCUCAUCCUUGGAUACGUCCAGAACGGGGAGAGCGAGCUCGGGCUGGAGCUCUUUUCUCGAAUGGAGCGCGAAGAAAAGGAAGAGGGUGGUGUCAAGCCGGAUGCUCGAUUGUUCUAUGCUGCUGUCAAGGCUUGUGUCGAUCUGGUAACUGAGCACUACGACGACAAGGACUCUCACGGCUGUGGGACGAAGAACAAGUUCGUUCAAGGCAAGCAAGUGAAGCUGUGGUGUCUGGAGAAAGGAAAACUUCUCCACGACAAGCUUUCGAGGAUUGGUCUCGAGGAGGAUAUCUUCGUGACGGGAAGCUUGGUGGAUUUGUUUGCUCGGUGUGGGAGCAUGGCAGAUGCUCGCAGGGUGUUUGAUGGGAUCGUACAGCACAGCGUUCUGUCGUGGAAUGCGAUCAUCGCCGGGUACGCUCACAGCGGAGAGUUGGAGAGGUGUUUCUGGUUCUAUGGACGGAUGCAGCAAGAAGGAAGCAAGCUUUCGGCCUUGAGGAUUGGAGCGAGAAUUCAUUGGCAGCUCGUGGAGAGUGGAUACGAGCGGGAUGUUUUCGUGGCGAGCACCGUCGUGGAUAUGUUUGCAAAGUGUGGGAGCAUGGCCAGAGCACGGGAGGCGUUUGACAGGAUUGCGAAACCUUGCCUUGUGUCUUGGAACUCGAUCAUGAUGGGCUACGCUCAAGGUGGCGAAGGUAAGCGUGCUCUUGAGUUUUUCUAUCGCAUGGAUGGAGAAGGACUGACACCGGAUGCCCGUAGUUUUGUAGCUGCUCUCAAAGCUUGCGCAAACUUGGCUGCUGCUGCGAAAGAAGACGAGGAUUCCGACGAUGCUACGUUGCUUCUCUGCGUGGAAAAAGGUGGAGAUUUACACUCGCGGGCAGAGAAACACGGGUACACUUCCAACAUCUACGUAGCUAAUGUGCUAAUUGAUAUGUACACGAAGUGUGGCAGCUUGGACGAAGCGCGUAAAGUUUUUGACAAGAUGAUCCACCGGAGUGUCAUGUCGUGGAAUUCGAUCAUCAUGGGGUAUGCUCAGGCGGGUGACGUUGAGACGGCUCUAAACCUUUUCUCUAAAAUGCAGGAGCAGGGAAUUCAACCAGAUGCCCGUUCUUAUGUUGCAACUUUGAAGGCGUGCUCGAGUUUCGCAGAGGGAGAUGUGAUCGAAAGUCAGCCUGCAAAACUAUGGUGCUUACAAAAAGGCUCCGAAGUUCAUAGGCAACUCGAGGUCACAGAGGCGGCAUCGGACAUCUUUGUGUCCAGCACACUGGUAGACAUGUACUCGAAAUGCGGUGACAUGGCGAUGGCUCGGAAGGUUUUCGACAGGAUGUCCGAUCCCAACGUGGUUUUGUGGAACGUGAUGAUCACCGGUUACGCUCAAAACAGCAGUGGUUCUAGCAGUGAAGAGGCAGUGAAGCUGUUCACACGGAUGCAGCUUGAGGAAGGCUUUGAGGCUGAUAACAUCACUCUGGUAGCGGCUCUCAAGGCGUGCGGAAGCUUGGGAGCUCUCAACACCGGGAAAGAAAUCUACAGAGCAAUAGUGGAGCUUGAAACCGGGCUCGAGCACGAUCAGCUUGUAGUAGCGAGUCUGAUAGAUUUUUACGGGAAAUGCGGGAGCAUGGUAGAGGCACAGCAGGUGUUUGAAUCAGUUCCCAGCGUCAGGAAGAACACGGUGACUUGGAACUCGCUCAUAGCAGGCUAUACGCAUCAAGCUGAUGUUCACAGUGCUCUCGAGCUCUAUGAGAGGAUGAAAGGGGAUGACAAGCGUCCGGCGGUGAACGGGGUCACCUUCCUUUGCCUUCUAAACGCCUGCAGUCACGCCGGUCUCGUCGACAAAGGACAGAAGUUCUUCGCAGCGAUGGUUUCUCUUCACGGGAUUACUCCUGGCAUCGAGCAUUAUACGUGCUUGGUCGAUCUUCUGGGCCGGUCCAACCAUCUAGAUGAAGCUCUUACUGUGCUGCGCGAGAUGCCUCUCCGGGGCAACAAGACGAUAUGGAUGACGCUGUUGAGCUCGUGUAGAAAGUGGAGAAACGUUGACAUUGGCACGGUGGCUUUCAAGAAAAUUCUGGAGAUCGACAACAGGGACUCGGCAGCUUAUAUUCUCAUGACGAAUCUCUACGCGAGUGCCAAACGCUGGGACGAAAGCGUACACGUCGAAAUGAUGAGAAUGAACGCUGGGGCUUUGAAGAAACCCGGUGAAAGCUGGUGGAUUGAUAGCCAUGGAAAGGUUCACAAGUUCGUGGCUGGCGACAACAGGCAUCCUCAAAGCGAGCAGAUCUUUGGAAAACUCAGGCUCAUGUUCUUGAAGUUGAGGGAGCAAGGCUACCUUCCCGACUUGAACAGCGUGUUUAGAAACAUCAGUGACGAAGAAAAGGAGUCGGCAUUGUUCCAGCACAGCGAGAAGCUUGCAAUCUGCUGCGCUCUCAUCAACUCGGCCGCUGGAACGACAGUCCGGAUCACCAAAAAUCUCAGAGUUUGCGACGAUUGCCACAAAGCUACGAGUUACAUUUCCAAGCUCGAGAGACGGACAAUCAUCUGCAGAGACGCAAGCCGAUUUCAUGUGUUCCAAGAUGGCAAGUGUUCGUGUGAUGACUUCUGGUGAUGGACUGAUGCUGAUCGAUCAGCAUCGACCGGAUCCAUCACAGUAGAUUAAAAAAUUCACAUUGUUAGAUACGUUAACAAGCUAUUAAUGUAGAUUUUGGAUGGGAA